AUGUGGGGCUUUUUAAUUGUCGUUCACCGCGCCUUUCGGCCCUUCCUUGCCUUACUUGUGCCCUGGACAGCUGGCACUUGGUCAUUCAUCACGCGCCUACUCAAUCAUGAUGGCACGCACCUUCAUAACGAUGCCAAGCAGCAAUAUUAUCCUGAGAUUAAUGCCUUGCAAUCACCGUCACCGUCUCAGGGACAUGACAAGAUUAUACCCCAUUCUGCUCCUGAUCAAGAUCCUCCACGAUCCCCGUUACGAAUUAGAUAUGUGCCUGUCCCUGGUGAAUGGGAACGGAAGCUUCACCCAAACUGGCCAGAGUCGACCUUUAGAAUCCCUGAUCUGGUUCCCGACGGACAUGUAUACUACAUCAGAAAGGGGGAAUAUGUUCGCCGUGGUGCAACAGCGCUGGUAGAGCGAUUGCCCUCUGGCCACAUCGCCAAGACCCCGCUCCCGAACCCUUACGAUACUGUGGGAGAACGGAAAGCUCGACAGAACAUGGAGCACGAAUAUAGCGUGUAUUGUUUUAUUGGCCCAUGCCAGUUUAUUCCCAAGUUGAUUGACUGGGAUAGCAAUUGCAAGACAAUAGUUCUCGAGGAUCACGUUAACGGAGACCUAGAGACUUUUUUCAAGACAAAUUGCGAUACUGACGUCGACACUCGUCAAAAAUGGGCGUUACAGGCAGCUCAAGCACUGGCUAGUCUCCAUAAUAUUGGUGUAAUUCACCAGGACGUCACGCCUCGAAACUUCCUCCUGGAUGAAAAAAUGAACCUUCGAAUCUGCGACUUUGCUGGAAGCUCGUUUCCGGGACACCCAGCCUCGACUGGUGCCCCAGGACCAAGAUACCAAUCACGUGCAUGGGGUCGAGAAUAUGCUCCCACUCAAGCUGACGAUGUUUUCAGUCUUGGUUCCGUGUUAUACUUUAUAAUGUGUGGCGAGGAGCCCUACAGCAAGUUUGAUGAGGAUGAGGUAAAGCGCCGUUUCGACAACCUUGACUUUCCUACGUCUGAUCACCUGGGCUGUGGUGCCGUUAUUCAAGAUUGCUGGAGUGGGCAAUUUACUACUGGAGAGCACGUUGUACAAGCUUUAGUUCGCGCCAGAGAGUAG